AUGGCAAACGCAACAGAAGGAAAGACACUAUGCUCAAUAUGUCAAAAGGUAGCUGGUAUACUUAUUUGUCGUGGAUGUGGAAAAGAUUUUUGUUAUCGUCAUGUAGUUGAACAUCGGCAAGAAAUUAAUAAACAAAUGGAUGAACUCACGACUAAUCAUGAUCAAUUUCAACAAACGAUUGCCGAACAAGAAGUGCAACCGAAUUGUCAUCCUCUGAUACAAAAGAUCAAUGAAUGGGAACAAGAAUCAAUCGAUAAAAUCCAUCGAGCAGCUGAUGAUGCUCGUAAACAAGUCAUAACUAUUAUUGGCAUACACAGAACGCAAGUAAUACAUGAUUUGGUAUGUCUCACAAAAAAAUUAAGCGAAGCUCAUAAGGAAGAUGAUUAUGUAGAAACAGAUUUGAAAGAAUGGAUGAAAAAACUUGACAAAUUAAAAGCCGACUUGAAUGCAUUUCAAACGAUUGAUUUCAGUGAAGACAAUAAUAGCAGUACAUUGAUUUCAAAGCUUUUUAUCAAUGAUGCAUCAACUGACAUUUUUCAUCGAAUCGUGGGCGAUAUUCAGAUUAAUGAAGGUGGAAAAGUUGCAGNAUGUCCCCAAAAAAUUGUCCUUUCAGAAAUGUCCCUCGUUUUUCGUCCUCAGAAAAAAUGUCCUCCGAUAUUUUGUCCUUGA